AUGAUUCGUCUUUUUAACCGUUUCUAUGCACUGUCUGCUAUCGCGGUCUGCACGAUUUUCAUAUCAGCAUGGUUUUUGAAGUCACGGACUGUUCCCGAUAUCACCCCUUUGGUAUCAGACCCGUUCCAGGUAGCCAGUACAUUUGACCAGCGAUUAGUCGUCUUUGGGGAUUCAUGGAGCGGUAAUCAAUCCAGCGAGCCACAGGGCAAACUAUGGACGGACUGGCUCUGUUCAAUGCUCUCCUGUCACCAAGAGAACUUAGCACAGACAACGAAUCCACUUCUAAAAGGCAAGAAUAUCGGCGCAGUGGUCGACAACAAAGAACUCGAUCUACUAGGCCGAGGGUCUCAGACCUACACCGCAGAUUUGAAGUCCCAGCUCCAGCAAUGGCUAGUUGCCGAGUCAGCUGCAACGAAGGAUUUCUCUGAGAAAGCGGUCCGGUCCCGCCAGGACCGCACAAUCUUUGUUAUCUCUUUUGGGGUCUGGGAUAUCUGGAGCCUAAUUACGAAGGACUACGACGCAGCGAGCAAAUCAGUUGAGCGGCGUAUUGCAACGCUUAUGGGUCAACUCGACACGUUGUCCGAGAAAUUGGGCACAACGGAGCUGAAACUCAUUCUGACGCAGACGAUUGACGUGACUUUCCUGCCCGGGUUUCAGUUCGCUGGUGAUCAGUACAAGGAUACAGUGCGGAUCCUGGAAGAGUGGAAUGGGCAGUUGCGUGAGAUGGUUAGGGAGUGGAGUCAUGGCACUGUCUAUCUCUUUGAUACUAAUGCUUUUAUGAUGGACCGGAUCCGUGACUGGCAGCUCUAUGCGGCGGGCAUCGAGGAGGAGAAUGGUCUAGGGAAGAACUUGGAUGGGUGGGAAAAUGUCGAGGAGCCCUGUGUUGAGAGUGGGUUCCGGGUCAUGAUGUCAAAGGAGAAGGAACAGUGUGAGCAUCCAGACAAGUAUCUGUUCUGGUAA